AUGGACACCAGCUAUCUCGCCCAGCAGGUUACCACCAUCAUCGGCCAGCUGCACGGCCUGUUCGACGACAUCGGAGUGCCUAGUCAUGAGCGCGACUCACGUGAGGCAGAGCUCUUCUCCGCCCUGUCUGAGACACUACACAAUCAGUUGAAAGAAGUCACCAACGAGAAGCAUGAGAUAACAGAAGAGGCACACCGCCUGGUCAAGACGAUCAAGCAGAUGGAAGCGUCCCUGGAGGACAACAAGCCAAAUUCCAACUACGAAGACCACGACGACAAGUACAUUACAUAUCCCUUGACGCGCUGUGUAAAGGGUCUAAAGGAGAAGUACACCCAGGUCAGCAAGGUGCACCGUGAGCGCUUUGAGCAAGUGCGGAAACUCGCCGAGGCGCUUGAUUCAUAUGCUUCGCACCUCGAGACAUCCUUCGUCGAGAUCAAGCUGCCACCGACGUCGCCCAAAGCGGCCAUCUCGCCCUCGUUCGACAUCUCUCCCUCUUAUGUCGCCAAGCUAGACAACGAGUUCACCCGUGUCUAUGAAGAAUACACACGUCGCCUCGACACGGUCAAGGCCCUGUGCCAGGAGAUCAUACAGCUGUGGGCGGAGCUGGGGACACCGCAAGCGCAGACAGACACCGCAAUCGUGCAAUGCCACCGUGAUGCGCCCGAGCAGUUGGGCCUGCACAAAGAAGACCUGGCGCGACUCAAGGCGACAAAGGAGCGGCUCAUUGAGGAGAAGCGCAGUAGAGAACGACGACUGACUCAGUUGCGCACGACUAUUGAAGAGCUGUGGGAGCGCCUGGGUGUUGAGCAGCACGAGCGCAAGCAGUUCCUCGCGAGCAACCGUGGAUGCGGCCUACGCGCUAUCAACGAGUUCGAAGAUGAAUUGGCUAGGCUCAACGAGCUAAAACGUCAGAAUCUGCACCUGUUCGUAGAAGAGGCGCGAUGCAAGCUGCAGGAGCUCUGGGACACCCUUUACUUCUCAGAAGAGGAGAUGCUCGACUUCACGCCUGCCUUCUCUGACGUCUGUAGUGAUGCUCUGCUUUCGGCACAUGAGGCUGAAAUCUCUCGUCUAGAGGUGCUGAAGGAGCAGCGCCUGCCCAUGCUACAAAGGAUUGAUCGAUACCGUGAACUGAUCAAGGAACGUGACGACCUUCAACAGUCCAGUCAGGAUGCGUCGCGUCUACUGGGACGGGGUAACAAGGGCGAGAAACGAGAUCCAGGGAAGCUUCUGCGAGAGGAGAAGAUGCGAAAGCGUAUUGCAAAGGAGCUUCCAAAGAUUGAAGCCGAUUUGAAAACUUCCCUUGAGAACUACGAGGAUGAGUAUGGUCGCCCGUUCCUGGUCCAGGGUCAACGGUAUUUGGAUGAGCUAUACGCCUCUGCAUCCAGAGCUGCUCCACCACGAGCCAAAACUCCCUCAAAUGCUGCCAUGCCAACUAAACAAGUUGCUCCUUCCAGGUCCGAGAAUCGUAGCCGUGCUGGAACUAUACAUGGGCAGUCGAUCAGCCGAGCAAAAACCCCUGUGUCAAACAUUGGAGCGAGUACCGAUUCUCUACAUCGUACCGAAUCCCUACAUCGUGCCGAAUCCCUACAACGUGCCGAAUCCCUACAACGUAGCGAUUCCUACCGUAGUCAUGCUGGGACAAUUCAUGGUUCUCAAGUCAGUCGAGCAAAGACGCCUCUGUCGAACUUUGGUGCUAGCACAUGCCGCAAUCCGCUUGCCAGCGCUUUGCCUACUGCUUCUGCGUCAAGGAGCCCUAGCAAAAUCCCUUCGCGUUCUACUCUGAAAGGUUUGCCUCAAGGCGGUCAAUCACCUGAACGUCGACCUCUUAUGCAUUCGCGUGGAGAUUCAGCAACACUGCGAAGCAUGCCUCCUCCGAUGGCUCCUCCACCACGGAUGAAGGACCUCUUCAUUCCACCGGACCCUUCCGAAACGCCUAUGAACCGCUUUGAGUUCAACCGUGGUGACCGCAGCGACAGCAUCGUGCGAAGCAUACCACCAGAGGAUCCAUACGACGACCGAUCGUACAUGUCUUACCAAAGUGUGCGCACUGCCUACACCCCAACAUACGUGCCCCCGUCAAUAUCAUCUAGCAGUAGUCGUCAGCUCUCACAAACAUCGCAGACAUCCUCAACAGGAACGGGUGCAACAAUGCAGUCUGGCAGCGAGAACUGGGAAACCUUUUCUGAGCAGUCAGAUGGAGCACACGAGAGUGAUGUCGACUUCCACUACAACCGCCACCGACAGAAGCGCUUCACGCCUGAAGGUGGCCAUAUAUCGAGUCCACGAGCCGUGCAGGGGAAAAAGAUCAGAAGCAUACGAAGCGUCGAAGGCGGCCCCCUCAUGACGGAACACCAAGGCCGCAUGGUGCGUGUCAUGGAGGGGAGCGAAGCUGGCUGGACUGACGACGGUGAGACGUACUGA